CGCUCUGGUUUUCACUUUAUCUGUGCUCUGCGUGCUCUGUCGUCCCCAUCAGGCUCACACUGAUCGUGCAACAAUGAGCGCUUUGCAACCACAGCCGUGAAGCACUGACCAAGAUGGCGGCUCUUAUUAUCGUCUCGCAAGCUCGCAAGCUAGAUGGCGCUGUGGUUGGGUUCGACAAAUAUAUGUUCUUUUUGGCGUCACUAUUCCUCUGUUUACAUUAUUUAGAUUUAAUAUAUCGCAACAAAAUAUUUUACUUUAUUAUUAUUUUAAUAAAACUCAUUUGUAUGCUGAGAAGUGAAACUUUCACUGUGAAAGCAGAAGUGGACCUUACGGUUGCUUAGCAACAUUUUAAAAAUGGCGGAGAACCGACAACAUACAGAAACUGUGUCCGAUAUUCACAAAAAGAUCACAACAGCGUUUAAACUAUUUGACUAUGAUGCAAACAACACGGUGGAUGCCAGAGAGAUCAGCACCAUUGUCUUUUCACUGGGUUGCUUCCCCUCUCAGGCAGACCUACAUCAGAUCAUAGCUGAGGUGGAGGAGGGUAGUUCAGGAUAUGUCCAUUUGGAUACGUUCCUGCCAGUCAUGACCAAAGUAUUGUUGGAACACAGGUUUCCUCCCAUACCUGUAGAACAUAUCUUACGAGCUUUUGAGGUUUUAGACAAAGAGAACAAAGGACACCUGGAGGAGGGGGAGUUGACAAAAUACAUGACUGAGGAAGGUGAGCCGUUCACUAACAAGGAGAUGGAGGAGAUGCUGGCAGUGCUUCUGAACAACAAAAGGGGCCUUGUAUAUUACAGAGAUGCUGUCGGUUUACUGGGAUUUGAUGGUGUGAUGAAGUGACACAAAGUGUUUGUGAAGAGAUUUGUAAAUAAACAUUUUUAAACAGUA